AUGUUCAUUAAAUUGCGGCCUGCCGGCUCGCAGGUCAUCCAGGCGACCUGGAUCCUACACUGCAUCGCACACGAUUUCAUUGUGCCAGUUGGAGACUACAUUCUUGAUGAAAAUUUCCGUCUGAAAGGGUACUGCGAACUUUCGACCAACCUUCCUGUGGGUACCACAGACACUUCUCAGACACACUCCUCUAUCACGCUGGCGCCUGCAUCGCCUGCUCAACACAAGCGAAAACGCACUUCUCCUGCUUAUUUAGUCGACAACUCUGCGUCUUCGCGAAAGAAAACAGCUGUCUUGCCAUCUAACGACAUUGCUGCGGACGACAGCGGCAUCUUCAUCGAUGACAUACCAAACCCGAAACCGUCCGCUCGACCAGAACGAAGGCCAGACCCUCCUCUAGCAGCCGAAGUUCCUGUUCCCCCGGCCAACAACAGAUCUUGCGCUCCUACCCCGAUGUCUCUCCAGCCGACCGGACCCAACGGAACGCCCCACAUAGACCUUUCUAAGCUCAGACCUUUAUCCCAUGCGCACUUCGCUCGCUCUCACGUAGACCUGCGGCUCCGAAAAGCAAGCAGGAAGGUCCCGAGCGUCUCUCCGUUCGUCGUCGAAUGCGGCUCUGCUCGCUCCAACGCGGGCAAUCGCUUCAUUGAUGAUGCUGCUGCGGGCGCUUCGAGGCGCUCGCCUACGGUGAAACUGGAGGACGAUACCUCGGACGCGGGUUUGGUGGUACCGCCUCCUUCGUCCAGCGCUGCUCGCGCUAGAGCUAUUGCUACUCCUAACGGGUCUAAUGGCGAUCGGAAGCUCGUUGCUGCUGCUGCUACUGCUUCAGCAGAAAAAGAUGCACUGGUUCUCAGGGCUGACGAUCUCUUACGCAUCCGUAACGGGCUCGGGAUAAACCUUGGCGGACCGAACAGCCGAGUUAGCACUGGCGCUCUCCGUGCCAUCUCGCAGACUUGGAACGCGUCGCGUCAGCCCGGCGUACCACGACCGACGACCAUCACUCUAGGCGACGAACACGAAGGGAAGCGCUUCGAGAAAAGGCUUCAACGUGUGCAGGUACCGAAGGGCGUUAAACUCGAGAACGAGUGA